UACCUUCCCAGUUUCCCUGCCCUCCCCGCAAAGCCACCGGGACGUGGUUCUGACCAAUUUUCGUGCAGAGGCUUUCAUACCGGAGUAGGCCGGCCUUGAUGCUCAUGUUGACGCGUGCAUCCAGGCAUUGGUUGGGGUUCCACAUAAGUAGUCACCGAAUUCGCUCAUUCCACAGACAAUCUCCUCUCCCUCCCUUUUUACUUCCUUGAACUUGAACUACCGACGAAAAUGAGCAUCCCAUCCGUUUGCAAGCAAUAUGUCCUUCCCAAGACGGGCUCGAUCGACAACCUCAUCAUCACCGAGACGCCUGUCCCCCAGCCCAAGGCGGGCGAGAUCCUCCUCAAGGCGCACGCCGUAUCUGUCCAAUUCCGCGACCUCAUGGUGAUCAACAACACGUACCCUACUGGAUCGAUCCCCAACCUGGUUCCGUGCUCGGACGUCGCGGGCGAGAUCGUGGCGCUCGGCCCUGGCGUGACGGACUUCAAGAUCGGGGACCGCGUCAGCCCCAGCUUCGUGGACACGCUCCAUGGGGAUGUGAUCACGACGGAUGUGAAGGCCAGCGCGCUUGGCGCGCCGGUGCAUGGCACGUUGACGGAGUACCGCACGUAUCCUACGCACAGGCUGGUGAGGAUCCCCGAUCACUUGUCGUAUGAGGAGGCGUCGACCCUCCCUUGCGCCGCUGUGACUGCAUACAACGCCCUCAUGGGCGGGUUCUCACCACUCAAAGCCGGCGACUCGAUUCUCGUCCUCGGCACGGGUGGUGUUUCCACGUUCGCGCUGCAGAUCGGCGUCGCAUCCGGCGCGAGCGUUAUCGUGACAUCCUCGUCCGACGAGAAGCUGCAGGUCGCAAAACGUCUCGGAGCCGCGCACGUCAUUAACUACAAGACGACACCCGCCUGGGAGGAGGAGGUGAUGAAACUGACGAACGGCCGCGGCGUGGACCAAGUCGUCGAGGUUGGUGGCGAGGCGACUUUGGGAAAGAGCAUCGCGUCUGUGCGUAUGGGAGGCUCGGUUACCGUGAUGGGCGGUCUGGCUGGAGCUCCUGGCCAAGCGCCCGUGUCCAUCAUCCCCUCUGCGAUCUUCAAGUCCCUGAAACUCCGGGGCAUAUACGUCGGCUCCGUCGAACAGUUUAAAAAUCUUGGUAGGCUGAUGGCGGCCAACCCUGAGGUCACACGGCCCGUCAUCGACAAGGUCUUCCCAUUCGAGCAGGCGAAGGAGGCGUUCAAGCGCCAGAGCAGCCAGGCCCAAGUUGGGAAGAUUGUCAUCAAGGUGAACUAGGUCAUGGGGCUGUAGGGGCGUUGGUUUGUAGGGACAUUGUGAAGAUAGUUUGUUUUGGUUGAAAUGUUAGAGCAGCUCAAAGCUUGAGUUUGG